AUAGCUACUUCGUACUUCUGGCAUCAAAUCUGUCUCUGCUUUUUUUCUCUUCUCCUAUCGUUAAGCCUGCUCUUAAGAUGGAUAUUCAGAAUCUGUUCAACGUCAAGGACAAAGUAGUGCUGGUCACUGGAGGCGCCAAAGGCAUUGGACGCAUGAUUUCGGAAGGCUUCGUUCAAAAUGGCGCAAAGGUGUACAUAGCGUCUCGAGACGCGAAGUCAUGCGAACAGGCAUGCAAAGAACUCAAUGCUCUGGGCAAGGGAAGCGCUCAUUACAUUACCGCGGACUUCUACAAAGAGGGGGACGUCAAGAACCUAGCUGAAGAGCUCAAAAAGAAAGAGAAGAAACUCCACAUCCUCGUCAACAACAGCGGCAGCAACUGGGGCGAGCCCUACGAUACCUACCCCGACAGCGCCUGGGACCGCGUAAUUACACUAAAUCUCAAGCGCGUCUUCACCAUCACUCAACAAGUAACACCUCUCCUCGAAGCCGCUGCCACACCUGAAGAUCCCGCGCGUAUCAUAAACAUCGGCAGCAUUGACGGCCUACGGGUGCCAGCUCUCUCUACUUUCGCAUACUCUGCGAGCAAGGCUGGCCUACACCACCUGAGCCGCGUGCUCGCUGUUCACCUCGGCCCGCGAAAUAUAACAUCCAACGUGCUGGCAUGCGGUCCAUUUGAGAGCAAAAUGAUGGCGGCAACACUGAAGAAGUUCGGAGAUAAAAUCAAGAGCGAAUCCCCUCUAGGUAGGAUUGGGUCACCCACAGACGUUGCAGGCGCAUGUUUGUUCUUGGGAAGCAAGGCUGGUGGGUUUGUGAAUGGAGCGACUAUCACUCUUGACGGAGGUACCGUGAUCAAUGCGAAGCUAUAAGCUAAUAGCGAUGUAUGUUCCAUUUAACUCUAGACUUUCAUGUGCAUACAGUUUCAAGUCAUCAGUGAGAGCUCUUCCUGUUUCUCUUGCUGUGCAUCUGUAUGCAGCCGCCCGUGAGUGUUUUAGUCGGUCUAGCGGUGACGUUUCGGAGCACCUUCCACCUUCCCCCUCCAACCUCAUUACAACCUCGCUCUGCACAUAGAUGUUCAUUUCACCUCUUCACCUCUUUACCUAGGUAUACAAUGGCGGCGCACAUUGCGCUCCCAAGCCGUAACAAGCGACCCAUUGCCC